CCCAUGAACAUCAAAAACAUAAACACAAUGACUGACUUGAACGUAUAAUUUACACGCAAAACCUAAAACCAAAUAAACUCACAAACAUGUCCUGAAUGGAUGCACGGAAGCGUCUAGAACUUUCUGGAGCUUCUCUUCUGAAGAUCUCCUCAUUCAUGUUCUGGAGCUGGCUGUACCUGUGGCUGGCGGCCGUGUUGCCUGGGAAGACCCCGGAAUGGUACUCCAGAGUGGUGACGCUGUUGCAUGGAAGCAUAGCGGCUACGAUAGGAAUCAUUCAGUGCAACUUCAUGAACAUAACGCCGGUGCGACUCAAAUCACCCUUAACCACUGCCCAGUACAGUCUCAUGGUGUGGUCGUGGGGCUACUUCGCAAUGGAUUUCGUGUGGUGCCUCGUCUACUGGUCGGAGAACCUGGUGAUGCUAUGCCACCACGUCGGCGCUAUAUAUGGUGUAAACUUGUACAUGCGAAAAGAAACAUCGGGAUGCACUUUCGCGUGUUCAAUAGCUCUGAUGGAGGUCACAAACCCUAUGCUGCAGACGAGAUGGCUUAUAAAAAACGAAGGUUUAGAUAACACCGUGUUAUUCUUAGUUGCUGAAGUGGCAUACUUGGUGUGUUUCUUCGUGGUGCGUGGCAUAAUAGGCAGUUACGUAGCGUACAGAAUACUUGGCUCAGACAUAUUCGAUAUGGACGAGAAAAUUAUAACCGUUGUCUUCUUCAUUGUGUCGUGGGCCUUCUUGUAUGAAAUAUUUGGCUACGUCAGAUACAAAUACACCAAUCGGAAUAAGCAAAGACCAGCUCCACAAGUGACAUCCACUGCCAGUCAUGUCCUGAAAAUGCCCAUCGGAGAAGCCAUACAAGGACUUCAAAGGAAUAAACCGCCGGAUUCCAAUGUGCUGUUUCAUGAUGCAUUGAAGAAACAAAGUGGCAGCUUAGUGAAUUAAAGUUAUACACCAAUUUUUAAAAUAUCGCAUUUAUUUAAAACACAAUGUUUUCAAAACAUUGCACUCUUAACUAUACUAAUAAAUCCUUAAAAAUGCUAUGCAAACAGUGAAAGUUUAAAUUUGCAAAAGUGAA